AUGCCGAGACUAGUGUUCGAGCUACUGCAGAGGAGGCUAACAGUGAUCAGCGUGGAAGCACCGAGGAAGACGUCCGCCAAGAAAGGCGUCUGGGUGCGGAGAGCAAGCCACCGAACCAAAGUCAUCGACAUCACGGUACUUGCUUUCAAGCUCACUGGGCAAAGAGCUUCUCCUCCUGCCAAGAAUUCCGUGUGGCAUGACUCGUGGAACGAUGGAGGUCACGUCCAGCUGAGGAUAUCAUUCCGUUCGCUGGAAGUUGACAAUGACGCUGGCGACCGUACAGCUAAGGAGGCGAAUGGAGAAUUUCGCCGCUCCAGUGUUCCUGGUUCAAUGCCGUUUCAUGAUGCGAAGCCAUGUCGCGACUUCCUCAUCGAACGACACUGCUACCUUCAAGCUGCGUCCAAUGCUGCCAUCCCCUCUGCACUACCACAACAUGUGCACUCCACAGCUCCCAAAUCCGAUGGGAAAAAAAUUCUCACAGCGAUGGAUUCAUCUCCCGCAGACAGCGCACCGUCCACCGACGAGCUGGACACGGCCUUACGUGCACUCAUCGGGCGUGGUAGAUUCAUGGCACCUCAGCAGCGGAAACGACUUCACGACAUGGCCACCCAAGCCAACGUAAGCUUCCACAACAAGCAAAGCAAAACACAUCAGCUUAUGCUAACCAAGAAAACCACAGAAAAUCAUCAAACCCUUCCCCUUCCUGGAUCUGCCUCCAGAACUCCGAAACCGAAUCUACGAACUCGUACUUCUAAGCUCCAGCGAAACCUUCCCCAUGCUCCCCAGCCUCUGCACACACAAAACCCGAAUACACGCCAUCCAACCAGCCCUGAGCAAAGUAAACCACCAAAUCCGGGACGAGAGUCUUUCAAUUUUCUACAGCAGCAACGACUUCGACAUCCACAUCCACCGCUGCGACUUCACCUACCUGAUCUCCUGGCUCGACUCCAUCGGCCCCAAAAACCGCCCUCACCUCCGAAAAAUCUGGGCCUCUUAGAUUUCUUCCGAUGGUGUGUACACUCCACUGGCACGGAGAAACUCGUGUUCCACGUCGAUGUCACGGAGUGGAACGAGGAGAACCUGGAUAUGGGGCAGUAUAAAGAUAUCAACGAGCCGGGGUGCGCGAUGUAUGAGACUUCGGAAAUGUUGCUCGGGGUGAUUGAGCUUGCUAAGAACACUGCGAAAUCGGGCAAGUUCACUGAAGCAAGAAUCAGGCGCGACUUUACGCUCUGGGUCGGGGAAGAAGAGUACGAGUGUCGGAAAAACAGUUGCGAGAUGACGACCACGAGCGUGUCGAGAGUCGAGGCAGGGUGUUGUACGAUUGUGAACGGGAGAGCGAACUGCGAUGACAAUCUGUGUAAGUCUUGUCCGCUUGACAAGAAGCAUCGAGCGAUAUUGAAAGCGAUGCAGCAUCAAGAGGGCGGAUGCCAGUCUUGCGGAUCGGACUCCACAACGACAUAUGAGCGCUGCGACGAUUGUGGCGAAGAGUGGGAAACAUCAGAGACAUAA